CAGAGCUCCACCCCCACCUGACUCACCUGAGACAAACCAGGAAACAGUCAGUUCCUGUUCGGUUCUCAGUGAGAAGAGACGCAGCGACAGACAGACGCUUCACUCAGAGACAAAAUGGCUUCCAGAUCAGAGGAGGAUUUCUGCUGUCCGGUCUGUCAUGAGGUCUUUAGAGAUCCUGUUCUUCUGUCAUGUAGCCACAGCUUCUGUAAAGACUGUCUGCAGAGCUGGUGGAGAGAGAAACCAGCACACGAGUGUCCAGUUUGUAAGAGAAGGUCUUCAAAGUCAGAACCACCUUUAAACCUGGCGUUAAAGAACCUGUGUGAGGCCUUCUUACAGGACAGAGAUCAGAGAGCUUCAGAGGCUCUCUGCAGUCUGCACUCUGAGAAACUCAAACUCUUCUGUCUGGACCAUCAGCAGCCAGUGUGUGUCAUCUGCAGAGAUUCAGAAAAACACAGCGACCACAGAUUCAGACCCAUCGAUGAAGCUGCACGACAACACAAGAAGAAACUUCAGGAAACUCUGGAGCCCUUAAAGAAGAAGUUACAGGUUUCUGAACAAGUUAAAGAGGAGUUUGGUCAAACAGCAGAACACCUGAAGGUCCAGGCCCGACACACAGAGAGGCAGAUUAAGGAGCAGUUUAAGAAGCUUCACCAGUUUCUAGAAGAGGAAGAGGAGGCCAGGAUGGCUGCACUGAGGGAGGAAGAGGAGCAGAAGAGUCAGGUGCUGAAGGAGAAGAUGGAGGCUCUGAGCAGAGAGAUAGCAGCUCUUUCAGACACAGUCAGAGCCACAGAGGAGCAGCUGAGAGCUGAAGACGUCUCAUUCCUGCUCAACUACAAGGCUGCAGUGGAAAGAGUCCAGCAGCGCCCCCUGCUGGAGGAUCCACAGCUGCCCUCAGGAGCUCUGAUAGACCAGGCCAAACACCUGGGCAACCUGACCUUCAACAUCUGGAACAAGAUGAAGGACAUGGUCUCCUACACUCCUGUGAUCCUGGACCCAAACACUGCUGGUCCAGAACUCAUCCUGUCUGAAGAUCUGACCAGUGUGAGACUAGGAGAGAAACAGCAGCUUCCUGACAAUCCAGAGAGGAUUGAUGAUUACUGGUCUGUCCUGGGCUCUGAGGGCUUCAACUCAGGGACUCACAGCUGGGAGGUCGAGGUUGGAGACAGUACAAACUGGAGACUGGGUGUGUUAGCACAGUCUGCCCAGAGGAAGGGAGACAUACUGUCUGGAUUCUGGGGAAUAUGGUUCUAUAAAGGUGAAUACUCAGCAUGGUCACCAUCAGCUCGACCCACUGAUCUCCGAGUGCAGAAGAAGCUCCAGAGGAUCAGAGUGAAUCUGGACUGGAACAGAGGAACGCUGUCGUUCUCUGAUCCUGAUACUAACACACACAUACACACCUUCACACACACUUUCACUGAGAGGAUGUUUCCAUUCAUUAACACUGGGGAUGAACUGCAGAUAUCAGCAGUGAAGGUCUGUGUGACAGUGGAACAGAGCAGUUAGAGAUAAAGAGGAUGAUUAUUUUUAUGAUGUUUAUUUCUUAAAGGGAAAAGUCUCUGAAUUGAACCUGUGAAGCUGCACCUGUCCUCCUGCUGCCUCAUUAUUCCAAACGUAUGUUGAUCUUUGGUUCACUUACUGUUUUUCAUUGGUUUCAUUUCUUUUUCUUGUUAUUUAGUUCGACACUUUUAGUUUCUGUUGUCGACCUUUUCACAUGUGAAAUGAUUUCACUCUGUGUCUUUAUGUUUGCUUCGUUUAGCCUUUUCUUUUUUAUGGAUCCUGUGUCAUUUGAAAUAGUUGUCCAUGUUUUAUUAUUUGGACUGGUGUGUGUGGAGCCAUGAAGAGCAGCAGCCACUCUGUGAAGCUGAUGAGGAUCCAGAUAAAGAAACAACAAUCAGUUUAUCAAUAGCUGCAUGUUUGAGCGGCCAAUCAUUGUUCAGAUCCAACAGCCUUCAUUUUAAAUUCUAGUCCAGAUUUUAAAGUUUCCAACAUUAAAAUCAAUGUUUAAUUACAUGUAUGAGAUGUUGACAAUAUAUAAAAUAAAUGUUUUAAAUGAUCCAAAAUCUUUGUACAGUUUUCUGUUUGAUGUAAUGAAGCCGAGAUGAUUCUGUCUGUAAAGUGUUUUCAUUCACUUUCAUCACUUGAAUUCUGCUGUUGGUCAUUUAUUUAAGGUGGACGUCUCAGUUUUAAGGUGGACGUCUCAGUUUGGGUUCAGACUUUAUGUAAUGUUGGAGAUUUAAGAACUGAAUCUGUCUCUCUGUCUCUCUGUCU